UUCUGCCUUUCACCCUUUCCCUCUAUCUCCAUCUCUCGCCACUCCCUUAUCCUCUCUCUCUCGCUCUCUCUGUAGUGCCAUGGCUUGUGUUGCUAAACCGCUAUCCAAGUCCUUAGCCAUGGCCAAUGGCUACCCAAUUUCACUUCCGUCAAUCUUCACCACCAAAACCCCACACCCUUCUUCUCUCUCCAUAAAACCCAAACCCAUCAAACUCUACCUUUCUUCCUAUCGUUCUUCGCCAUCUCUGCCUUCUCUCUCCCUCAAGAAAAGGACCCAUUUCCCCUCCACGGUGUCCUCCGUCGCCCAAACCUCGGACUGGGCUCAACAAGAAGAAAACAACAACACAGUUGUCCUUGACGAACAAGAGGGGCAAGAAUUCGGCUGGGACAACCAAGAGGUUGCUGACACGGAUGCCGGCGAAUCGGAAUGGGAAGGGGAAAGCAAUGAAGGCGCCGCCGUAGAGGCGGUCGGCGAGGAAGGGUUUGUUGGCGCCGAGGAGCCGUUCCAGGAACCGCCCGAGGAGGCUAAGGUUUUUGUCGGGAAUUUGUCGUACGAUGUGGAUAGUGAGAAAUUGGCCCAUCUGUUCGAGCAGGCCGGGGUCGUGGAGAUUGCUGAGGUUAUAUACAACAGGGAGACUGAUCAGAGUCGCGGGUUUGGGUUUGUGACAAUGAGCACAGUUGAAGAAGCUGAGAAGGCCGUGGAAAUGUUCGAUCGCUAUGAUUUAAAUGGAAGGCUUUUGACUGUGAACAAGGCUGCUCCUAGAGGAGCACGGCCAGAGCGCCCACCUCGUGCGUUUGAAUCAAGAUAUAGACUCUAUGUCGGUAACUUGCCAUGGGAUGUGGAUAAUGCACGCCUUGAACAGGUUUUCAGUGAACAUGGUAAGGUGAUGGAAGCUCGGGUCAUUUAUGAUAGAGAGACUGGCCGUUCACGAGGUUUCGGUUUCAUAACAAUGUCGACUGAGGCUGAAUUGAAUGAUGCAAUUGCAAGCCUUGACGGACAGCAGAGCUUGGGAGGCAGGGCAAUCAGAGUGAAUGUUGCUGAGGAGAGACCGCGGCGCAGCUCUUUCUGACUUGAAACGGGUAUGGUGUGAGCCUUCAGUGCGCUCAAGUUGUUUACUUUUUGCUUGAUGCCCAGUUUGUGGUUACAUUUUUGUCUGGUAGUUGGGAUUUGGUAGUAAUUAAGUACGUUUUAUAGUUUGUAAUUUAUUGUUGCUCGACUUGGUUGAACACUCUUGUUGUGCUCUAUUUCUAUUAAAGGCCACGAAAAAUUCAAAUCUA